AGGAGGUUUAUUGCGAGAUUUAUUCUCUUCCACCAUUUUUCCCGAACUCGAACUUCUACAGUUCUCACUCAGCUACAACUAGAUUUGUUUCCUCGUUUCCUUAGACUUAUUAUUGGAGGUUGUGUUCUUCUAGAAAAACCAAGAAAAUACGGAGAGCUUAGAACAAAAAGCAACGAACAACAUCGACAAGCCUGAUCCGAUCACUACUCAGGUACAGCGAGUACUGUUGUUCCCUCGUAGUUUUCUUCAUCCCUCGUAGCUUUCUUCAUUUUCUUCAUCCUCUGAUCCCGAAAAUGGUGCGAGGACAAGUCGUUUUGGCCUCUGCGCUCCUAUUGGAGUCUGUCACAGCGCUGCAGUUGAACACGCUUUUCAUGCCCCCGAAAAAGCACAGAUGCUCCUCGCAAUUGGGUUUCGCACCGAGUACAAAGUUAAGGCCCCUUUUUAGUGGACUAAGUAAUGCAGUUGAGAAAGUGUAAAGAGGAUUUUGGUCUCCCUCGGUUUCAAGAAUAAAGGGUCAUUUGCACAUAGACUGUUUCCUUGGGUUGAAAAUCUUGAUUUAGUUUAUAGCCUAAGAAAUCUUGAUUUAGUUUAUAGCCUAAUACAGUAAAGAUAGACCGAAGAAAUCUUGAUUUAGUUUAUAGCCUAAUACAGUAAAGAUAGACCGAAGAAAUCUUGAUUUAGUUUAUAGCCUAAUACAGUAAAGAUAGACCGAAGAAAUCUUGAUUUAGUUUAUAGCCUAGAAUAAAGGGUCAUUUGCACAUAGCCUAAUACAGUAAUGAUCUUUCUCAAUGCAUACAUGAUGGUCAAGAGCAGCUCUAAAUUACCAAACACUACUGGAGGGCACCCACCGCGAAAGGGUCCGUCAAAUGGCGCACAAAUUGUGGACCGCUGGAAAAAAGUGCCCCGGGGAAAAUGGUGCGUUAAAGGGCAUUGACGAGGAGCAGAGUUUGUUUUUGCUGAAAGCGACUGAACUCGCUCGAGCUUGGGAAUCGACCGUUUAUGGACAACAUUUUUUGAGUAUACAUCUUUCUACUCAAUAGUGCUUUAGUACCAUAGUUGCAUGCGUCUUUCCCUUUGCUCCCAUAAAAUGAUUCAUUCGUUCUAAGUAUCCUUAGACUGGGGCUAUUUCAUCAUCUUCCUCAUCUAUCUAAUUCUGAACUCGUAAGAAAUAAGAGGUACUGCUUCACUGGGUGCCCUCAUAGGUAAACAUAAAUUUCUAUUCAAGAGGCGCCCUGACAUGCCAAGAAAUAUGUCAACUCUCUUAGUGAAAUCUUAGACAGCUGCAUCAAAUAGGUCACCUCGUUUCUAGGUGUACUAAUAUUUUAUCGUACUACUUACAACCGACAAGGCUAUGCCCUGUCCUUGUACCAGUAUCAAAAAUCCAGUUUCUUCCCAAUUUUGUCAACAUAUGUCGCUAAUUCAAAGAAGGAGCGCAGGGAUCGGCUGCGAAACAGACAGAUCUCUUCCAAUUUCUCAAGUCGCAUGUCAACAAGAUGAUCAAGGACGCCAAGACGUACGUCACGACGAACACUUACACUGGAGUCGGGAAUGACACCUUCGAAAAUUUACGGCGAGCAUACUUACUGGCAUGAUAAGGAAGUCCAACUUACAAAUUUUAAUUUAUUCCAUAGAAAUACUGACUUUGAAACGUCCUAGGUAAGUCUCGUUAUUAUUCAAGAUUGCUCUUGCACUACUACACAUCUGACGAAAGUACUAAUAUUUAUACUGAACAAGAACUUGUGAAUAAUCGUUCGCGUCUUAAUAUAUUUUCCUAAUUCAAGUAUUUCACUUUAGAAACUGUUGAAAAUCAGAGUAGUCGACAUGAGACGAGUGAAGAAACUGUUGAAAAUGACAUUCAUCAUAUGAUCACUUUCGGACAUCACGAUUACUACUUCUCUACGGACAUCACGACUACUGCUAGCCCACUCGUUGGAGCCGACGCAGAUCUUGUGCGCGUAACGAAUGAAUGAAUGAAAAGCGAUACAUUAUUCUCCUCUGGUCUCCGUUCCACCACAAUCAAGUGGAGAUGCAUCUGAGCAACAUAGAUUCAAUAAGAGAGUUAAGUACAUAGUAAGUACAUGGUUGUGUUGACCUCUAAAACAACAAUGCUGCCAGGGCCAAGCUGCAGCUGCCGCUCCUUCCGCUCCUGAGACUCCCGAUUCCGAUUUGAAUGCGCAAAAGGAUGCACCUUAUGGCCUUAGACCUAAAGAUGAACCACUUUACUUCUUCUUUUGCCUACGCUCACAUAUUCACCCGAGGAGGCAGGUCAAACUGUGGACGGUGAAUCAAAUCCUAUCCUAUCCAUAAGGGAGCCCACUCCUAUCCUAUCCUAAAGUAUUAAAUUUCAAUGCCACUAGCUCCUGAGCGCUUGCCUAUAAGUUACUUAGGAGCUAGUUUGCUAGAGCUUCUAUGUAAUAUGGCCUCUUAGGUGAUCGAGUAAGGAUCGCAACGUGAAGCGAACGCAUGGCGUCCUCCUGCUUUUGCCUGAGUAAGUAUUAAAUUUCACUGCUAGACGAAAGUAGAUGUAGAUGAACCUUGUACCUCGCCCCCGCCUAAACCCUUGAAAGACCUAGAGAUGGAGAUGAGCCUUAGACCUAAGAUAUGCAAGUCGAUAAGAUUAUUCUUCUUGAGGUAUGAGAAUGAUUAUUUGUUGUUUCAAUAUGACAUCUUCUAAGUUGAUGCUGCAGCUGCCACGCCUGUGGAGCCAGUUAGCCCUCCCAAGAAACAGGAUGGUUGCUGCUAGAAUGCUAGAAAGAGAAUCUACUACAGAAUUAAGGAGGCUCAAGAAUACAUUUCUGAAAUUUUACAAGCCAUUUCUGCCGGUUUCCCAUUUGGGAUAUGCUGAAGAAAUGACAGCAAGAAAUGAAUUGGUGUCAGCCCUAAUAAAAUCUAGAAGUAGGUCGAGGAUUUACUUCUAGGAGGAGGAUGUAGUAGAAAGAGGAUCUGCUAGAAGAAAGGCGGGUUCAGAACAAGAGGAGUGGACAAGAUACAGUUGGUCACGUUUCUAUCCUUUUACUAGGCUAGGCACGAAAGGUGGCUUUAGGGAAUUUCAAUGGGGCAAUCUCUUUAAGUUCAACCGCAGUGGGCGGACCGCACAUCGGGGAUGUGUAAAAAUGUAUGUAAUUUGACAUUGAGUUUCCGAUCGUGAUUCAUAUUUCUAAUCGUGUGAAGAUGUGUCAUGCUCUAAGGUGAAGAUGAUGCUCAUCUCUGUGCGUGAUGCGUGAUCACAGGGAGAAGGAUGAGUGAUCACUUCAAAUAUAGAAAGUAGUGGCAAGAACGAAACAAAUGCGAGAAAGCGAUAACGAAUAAACGAGAACCACAAGAAGUCUAGUACAAAACAGGGAAUCACUUACAUACAAUUAUGGAAUUUAGCAAAAAGAGAGUUACAGCAUCACAACAAAUAACCCGAGAAUGUAUGACUGCAUCUGAAUUACAAGUACUUACAAAUCAAUAGAUCUUCACGAAUAUGACUAUCUUCAUGAAUAAGUGUAAUGUCUAUCUUAAUGUUAUAAAAAAAGUAAUUACGAACCACGUGUAAUCUUAUUUAUCUUCCUCCAUCUUCGACUUCGUGAAUCUAGAGGAACCCAGUCCCAAACGACGCCAAUAAGUAUAAGCACGACUUGUUGAUAUACAUAGAAUUGUUGAUAUUUACCUUGAUAUGCUGGAUUGUUUGAAGCGAAUUGUUGAUAUAGGUAUGUAUUGGAACUUGAAAACUUGAAAUAACAAAGCUCAUCAAACAGCGAUUGCCUGCAGAAAAAAUUGAAGAGGCUAAAAGAAUAAAGUAGGGAGAGUUACUAACUAGGGAACACUAAUCAAUCAUGUAUAGAAGUCUUGAUUGAGGGACACACAGGAGCUGCACUGAUAUCGGUGUCGGGCGCUUAUUUCCUUCAGAUUUGUUCAUGUUAGAACCAAAUUGAUAGGUACUAGAAACAAAUCUACUAGGGGUACAUUCUAAGACUGAGAUCAGGCUCAAUUACACCGGCUGGCGUGGGCUCGUGUUCUUUAGGUCAGAAGUUUUAGCUACAUAAUCUGACCGUGAGACUCCUACGGGGCAAACGUUUGAGCUGUUGUAGCAUGAGCCAGGAGGCAUGCUGUGUAUGAGGCCGAUGUGCGUAGUAUUAACGAACUGUAGGCACACUAAGUAGAAGCUAAUCACAUACCAACUGUAAAGACUUCUGAACAAGACUGGAACUAAUAAAGGCAGAAUUAUAUUGUUAUCUUGUUUUGUGUGCGUUUAUCGUUGGGUGUAGCAUCCAGGGUCACUCUUCAAGCGGCUCCACACUACGAAAAAAAGAUAGAGGCCACUGAGCUGGAGUUUGAACUUGGGCUCUAGGUUGGAUGAGAAGGAUCCCUUAGGGUCUACGUUUGCCGAGCAGAAGGAUUCCUAACCUAACCUAAAAGACCGAAACUAACCACAAAUGUAACCUCACACAACUAGAAGGCUAACCACAUAAUUCAAAAAUCCGCUUUGCAAUAACUGUAUCAGGCGGGCUUUUCAUUGCAACAUGAAAACUUUCCUCCAGCUCUUGUAUUUUUUUUGGGAAACAGCAUUCACAAUUUAUUUUAUACUUCCGCAGACCGAGAAGCUCAGAAGAAAAAGGAGCAGGGAGCAAAUUGAUGUGUUGAUAUUUUUCGCGCGGUGAGGCUCGUGAUCGUGAUCGCUCUUGAUCUUGAUCGCUCAAGAUCUAGAUCGCUCUUGGUCUUGAUCUGCUCUUGGUCUUGAUUGCUUAAGAUUUUGAGCUUGCUUCCUCAAGAGUUUGGAUCUUAAUCUUGCUCCCUCAAGAGUUCGAAUCUUGUUCUUGCUCCCUCAAGGUGCUGGGGGGUGAGCAGCUUGACUCGAUGCAGGACGUGAAAUAUCUAAACCAAUGGGUAUCCAUCAUGAGCAAAUAUCUCUAACUUCUUGAGUAGACAUAGUAGCUGCUGCCCAUCCGUCACGCCAUUAUCAGUCAUACUCUUGACCGACAAGAACGGACAAGGAGUCAGAGGCGAAAAAUAUACCAACAUCAUCACAAAAGGCCUGGUUAACGUCAAACGAAAAAAUGAUAAAAGAUGAACAUGUAGUGCUAGCUAACAGGGCAGUGUGCCUAUCUACAACGUUCGUUACCUCGAAGACGGGGGAGUAGUGAGCCAACUAACAGGACAAUGGGCAAAUAACAAGUGCCUAUCAUAGUUAGUGUGAGUUUGAUAUGUUCCAGAGAACAACACGACCGAGGAUACAGGCUUACCCUGUGGAAGGUGAGCACCCAUUCCUAUCCUAUUCGAAACAACUCAGACUACCUAUGAUAGCGUAUACAUGCUACUCGGGACCCGUAUACGACCCGCGGGUUGUCUGCACGUUGGAGCCGAACCGGACUUCCUAGAAUUAUAUCCAACUAACUUACUAUGACUAGCAUACGCAUGCGCAUCAUCUUACCACAUUGUCAUUGAGAACCGAAAAUGAUAACCAUGUUGACGAAUUAACAAUUUAUGUUUUUGCUUCAUCUCCUUGUUACGAAUGAAAU